AUGAAAGGAAGCUAUCAAAAGAUGAGCGAGAAUUCGAAAAGUGUCGAUAAAUCCGAGACCAAAUCAGAGAAAUCCUUCGCAUCGAAUCCCCCUUUUUCCCUUGAAGUCUCUCCUGAAAAACUUGAAGUUCCACCGGAAGGAUUGUUAGAAGUCACCAUAAAGAAUCCAACAGCACAACCCCAAUACAUAAUCUGCUACUUCGAUUCCUUCUACUUUUUGGUUGAUUUCAAAAAUGCGGAUUGGCACCAGAAAGGAGACACCCCGUCGGCUGCAGAGGCUUAUCACACACUGAAACCUGGUGAGACGUACACGUUGACUAUUGGAUACGAUAAUGGGAAGUAUCCUGAAAAGGUAUUGCGAUGUCCCACUUGCAAUGAUCGGAAAAGAGUUGUUCGGGAUGAUACGAAGAAACAGCGGCUGGACCCCAAAAAUAACAUAUACUACAAUUUGGAAAGACCGGAAGGUGUGCUGAAAAUCAGACAACGGGCUACACGGAUGGAUUGUCCGGUUUUGCUUUCGAGAGACAUGGAUAUAUACUUGAGUGAAGAGACUGAAAAGUAUAGGAUGCUAAAGGAGGUGUACCUGAAGAUCCGACUCGAUCAAAAACGACGUGAACGAUGGGGUGAAACCCUUGAGACUCUUGGCAGUGCAACUUAUCGACGUUUCAAUCUCGGAGAAGAUGAUGAGAUCGAAUGUUUUCGCUUUUACGAAGAAUUCAAAUCGGACAACAUUGAUCCAGAGACGUUUUGGGAGAAAGUUCUUGCCACUCGGUGUACUCCGAAAAACUUGGAGGAGUUUGACAAAGUAUCGGAUGAAGAGAUAUUGAAGAUGAAGAUAGAGAGACAAGUGCCAUACUUUCUUCGGGGGCAUAUUAUAAACGAGAAUGACUUGCAAAAAGUGGUUGAAGAGUGUUGGGGAGAUCAAUGCCAGUGUGAGAUGCCCAGACUGCGAACGAGAGAAGAUAUGGAAAAAUAUUUGGAAUCUAAAGCAAAAUUGAAGAAAAAAUCUGUUCAGAACGUUGUGAGAUUGGAGAAACCGAAGACUAUUGAGGAGCCAAAAGAGAAAUCCAAGAAGCCACCAAAUGAACUUCCGCAACCAGAAAAAACCGCACCAUCCAGCAAGUUUGAUAAUGUUGAGUCGGUUCACAAGUCAUCAGAGAAAAUGAAACAGGAGGAAGCAAAAAUUGAAGAAAAAAAGACGCCAACGACACCCCAGGUAGCGCCAAUUCCAGAGGAGAAGAAGCCGGUGGUUCAAGAAAAGAAAAAGAAGAAGAAGAAGAAAGGGAAUCCGUGUUGUUCGGUGUCUUGA